ACGUGGCGUAAGGUCCCCAUUCCUCACAAAGUGUAGCACUCCUACCCGUUCGCCGUUCUCAUUCAUCUUCUUGUGCAAUUCAGUCUUCCUCCAAACUCUCUCUCUCUUCAUGUAUUUGGCAGUCAACUUAACCCAAACGCGGUCCUAAUCCGGGCCUAACCGCAAAUGCAUCCAUCCACAGCCACACCACUGCCACCGUCACCGGACAAACCACCAAAAACAUUUCUAGACCUGAUCACGAGCGUGCUCUCCGUCCUCCUGGUCUCCUCACUGACCGUCCGAUCGUUCAUCGGACGGUGGCAACUCGUCCACAGAAAACUUACCACUCUCCAAUCUGCACUUACUUCACUCUCAGAAACACCUCACUGGUCUGAAAACCCUCUCCUUUACACUCUCCUCCCUUCAAUCCUUUCGACUCUCCAACGCCUCCACUCUCUCUCUAACCAAUGCUCUCUCUCCUCCGUGACUGGCGGCAAACUCCAUUUCCAAAGUGAUCUUGACAUCGCUUCCUCUUGGCUCUCAAACCACCUUCACGACCUUGAUUUGUUGCUAAAAUCUGGUGUCCUCGAUCAGUCCAAUGCCAUCGUUCUCUCGCAUCCGGGUCCAGGUUCAAGCAGAGAGGAACUAGCAUUUUUUGUGAGAGAUGUUUUUACUAGAUUGCAAAUCGGUGGGGUUGAGUUUAAAAAGAAAGCGUUAGAUUCACUUGUUAGAAUCCUGAAAGAAGAAAAAUCCGCCAGUUUAGUUGCGAAAGAGGGAAACGUUGGGUAUUUAGUUAGUUUAGUUCUGGACUCGGAUAACGUGAUUCAAGAACAAGCGGUUUUGGCUGUUUCUUUAUUAGCUUCAGCGAGCGAUGAAGCGAGAAAGAUUGUGUUUGAACAAGGAGGAUUGGGACCGUUGUUGCGAGUCCUGGAUACAGGUUCUAUGUCUUUAAAAGAAAAGGCUGCAAUUGCUGUCGAAGCAAUUACUUCCGAUCCAGAUAAUGGGUGGGCGGUUUCCGCGUACGGAGGUGUUUCAGUGUUGAUUGAGGCGUGUCGAUCUGGAUCGGAGGCUAUUCGAACGCACGCAGUUGGUGCUAUUACAAAUGUUGCUGCCGUUGAGGACAUCAAGAUGGCUAUAGCAGAAGAAGGUGCUGUACCACUUCUUGCUCAUUUACUUGUUUCGACUAGUACUACGAUUGCGGCGAGAGAAAAGGCAGCGCAUUGUGUGUCAAUACUGGCUUCUUCAGGCGAGUAUUUUCGGGCACUGAUAAUUAAAGAAAGAGGAGUACAGAGACUAAUGGAUUUGAUACAAAGUUUGCCUAUUUCAGAUACAAUCGAACACGUUUUGCGUGCAAUCGUGUCCCUUUCUGUCUCAGAUUCUGUAUCUCGAAUUCUCUCAUCGUCAACACUAUUCAUUAUCCGGCUCGGCGACUUUAUCACUCAAGGAACAUUAGUCUUGCAACAAUUAUCAGUCUCACUGCUCGCCAGUUUAUCAAUAAGUGAUGGCAAUAAACGAGCAAUUGAAGCGUGCGUAGCUUCAUUGGUAAAGCUAAUGGAGAUGCCAAAGCCAGCAGGCAUACAAGAGGCGGCGACAGUAGCUUUGGUGUCGUUAUUGACUGUGAAAUCGAGUAAGAAAGAAUUGGUGAGAGAUGAGAAAAGUUUGAUGAAAUUAGUUCAGAUGUUGGAUCCUAAAAAUGAGUUAGUUGCUAACAAGAAGUUUCCGGUGAUGGUGGUAGCCGCUUUAGUUAGCGGAGGAAGUGCUGAAUGUAGGAAAAGGCUUUUGGCGGCCGGAGUUUAUCAGCAUUUACAGAGUUUGGUGGAGACUGAAGUCGCCGGAGCUAAGAAAGCGUUGCAGAGACUCUCCGGAAAUAAGCUCAAGAAUAUAUUCUCCAGGACUUGGAGGGAAUAACAGUAAAUGUAACUAACCCCCGCCAACAAAAGGAGUCUGUUUGGAUUUUCUAACCGUCCAAGAAUGGAGGAAACUACUUUUGUUGACAAGCAUCAAACAAACGAGAACACACACACCUCGUAUACUCCAACCUUUUCCUUUUCACUUUCAAUAUGUUUAUACUAUACUACUAAAGAUCUACUUAUUAAUCCUAAAUCCAUAUCCUAAUAUGAUAUAUAUAUUUUAAUCAUAUAGCAAAAGCAUGGAUGCGGUUUUUAGGGAGUAUCCUCAAUUGCUUUUGUUUCCAAUAUUUUUUUAUCUUAUUAUUAAUUGAUUCACUCGUGAAGCUUGUAAGUGACGGUAUGAUGAUUGUUUGUAUUUUUUGUUUUCCUUCACUUCUAAUUUAUCAAGUUUGUUUGAUAAUGUACAUGUUAUUUUUUUCUUUAUAUAUAUAUAUUAUAUGUAAUAGCUAUGGAUGUUUGAUAGAAAGUGAGCAAUGGAUUGUUUAAUUUGGUGUGCA